AGGAAAAGAUUCUUAGAAGCAAAUAAGUUAUUUUUGAUCUCGGUUUAUCAAAAAACAUGGAUUUUGUGCACAGUAUUGUGUUGCCUUUUUUAGUUCUAUCAUUUGGGCAAUUUAUAAUGGUCAGCCAUGGAGAGACUUUGAGAAAAUAUACUGGGAUCAUUGCAGUAGAAAAUGGGCAGGCCUGGGGCUCAUGGGGAAAACGGCAGAUGUGUCCCGAAGGGACGUUUGCUACAGGAUUUAGCCUGAAAGUUGAACGGUCAGUAGGAGAUGGGGAUGACACAGCUUUAAAUGGAAUUGCUCUUCACUGUUCUAAACCCCUUUUGGGAGGGGUACCUGCACAUUACACUACAAUCUCAUCUUCUGUAGGAAGCUGGGGAACUUGGACACAUAAAAAUUGGUGUUCUAUUGGAGUGAUGCACUCAUUCCAGCUGCUUGUAGAAUCUCAGCAAGGACAUGGUGAUGAUACGGCUGCUAACAACAUAAGUUCAAAUUGUCCUGGAACUGGUAUUUGUGGAAUCCAAACGAAAGUAGAACCACCGCAAGGUUCAGGAGAUGACACUGCUCUUAAUGACGUCCGCUUUUAUUGCUGCUAGCCAAGCAGGAACUGAUGAGAACAUCAACAUGAACAUAAAGCAUGAGGCAUAAAAUCUUUUUCUGUGCAUAUGUUUUUGUUUGUUUGGUUGUUGUUUUUUAUGUCAAUUUUCUAAAUGCUAGUUGAUUUAAAUACAUUAAUUUAAAUAUAUAUCGUUGUAUAUUUAUAUGAUUACAAACCAGUCAGUGACUGAAACUGUCAGAGUCAUAGUUUAAUCCAGGAGGUUUCAUUAGGUCAAUAUAAUGUUUGCAAUAAGAGUUUCAAAGCAUAAGCAACUUGUUCAAAGUAACAAACUUGAAUUAAAUGUUAUAAAACUGUUACUCUUCCUCUCAGUGUUCAAUUAGUGAUAAUUGUGU